UUAUUAAUAAUUAGUUUUUUUUUUGGUCCCCGUUCGUUAAUGCGGUCGCGGUGAGAUUUUUUUUUUCUUUCUCGCUCUAGCCCUGGUUUUCUUUGGCCCUUUAUUAUGAGCGGUGCUGAGACUGAGCCGCUUCUCGGGAGGUAUGUCUCGUCUGGCCGUCUGACUGUAUCCGGAAACAUGGGCUUCGAAAACGGCGCUGAGGACUACGUCCGCGAGACUGAUGCCGCGUAUCGGUACCGUGAUGAUGAGGAGGGACACCGGGAUGGGCUGCAGCAUGAUGGCGAUUUGGUCACGAGUACGGAGGCAAGGUCGCUGUCGCGGGGAUUGGCGCAGAGACAUCUUUCUAUGAUCGGUCUUGCGGGCGCGAUUGGCACGGGCUUGUUCCUCGGUCUCGGAGGGGCUAUUCAGACGGGCGGACCGCUGGGUGCGCUGCUUGGGUACGCGGUCGUCGGGCUGGUCGUGUGCGCGGUUACGUUCGCGUUGGGAGAGGUGUCGGCUCUACUCCCCGUUACCGGAUCCUUCGUUCGACACGCCGAGUUUCUCGUCGACCCUGCGCUUGGGUUUGCCGUUGGUUGGAAUUUGGUCUACGGCAUUGCGCUGUCUAUCCCUAGCGAAAUCACUGCUAUCUGCGUGCUAUUCACCUUCUGGUCCGAGGACGUCAACCCCACCGCUUACAUCAUGGCGUUUAUCGUGCUGACGUUCAUCGUGGGCAUUGCCUUCGUUCGCGUGUUUGGCGAGGUCGAGUUCGCGUUUGCGAUUCUGAAAGUCCUGCUUGUCGUCUUCUUGAUUGUUCUGGGCAUUAUUAUCGCGUCGGGAGGUAUACCGGGCACCCCUGCGAUCGGGUUCAGGUAUUGGUAUGAGCCCGGUCCGUUCGUUGAAUACAUAGCGACAGGAGCAUGGGGCAAAUUUCUCGGCUUUUGGGGCGUGCUGACCAGCGCCGUCUUCUCGUUCGCGGGCAUCGAGUCGCUCGCCAUGGCCGCGGCUGAGACACGGAAUCCGAGACGUGCGAUCCCUCGCGCGUGUAAGCGUAUCUUCUACCGUGUUCUGCUUUUCUACCUCCUGGCCAUUCUAGUCGUCGGCCUCCUGGUUUCUAGCGACGACUCCCGCCUCGAUGACUCCUCCGGCACGGCUGCCCAGAGCCCAUUCGUUAUCGCGGCCGCGGCUGCCGGUAUCAGCGCCAUACCUAGCGUCGUCAAUGCCGUCGUCAUUACAUCCGCAUGGUCGGCGUCGAAUCAGUCCCUGCUCGCCGGCACGCGUGUCUUAUUCGGUCUAGCGCUCAAGGGCCAGGCUCCGAGGAUAUUCCUUCGCACUACGUCUUGGGGCACACCGUACGUGUGUGUGUUGUUCUAUACCGUGUGCAUGUUCUUGAGCUUCAUGAGCUUGAGUAACGGCGCGCUGACGGUCUUCUGGUGGUUGGUUGAUUUGACGGCGGCGGGCGUGUUGGUUUCUUGGUCGGUGAUCUUGCUGAAUCACAUACGCCUGAAGUUGGCGAUGAAGAAGCAGGGGAUUCCGGAUGAGAGAUUACCGUGGCAUAAUUGGUGGACUUAUUACAGCUCAUGCGCCGCACUUUUCAUGUGCAUUUUGAUCCUACUUACUGGUGGAUUCAAGGUCUUUACGCAGGGGAAUUGGGACCCGAGUGGUUUCGUCUCAUCAUAUUUGGACAUACCCCUCGUAGUUGGGGCUUACUUCAUAUGGAAGUUUGUCAAGAAGACUUAUAUCGCACAACUCGAUAGCAUACCGCUUGACGAGGCGUUCAAACAGGUGGACCUCUAUCCCGAUGAGCCAGAGGGCAAGUCAACGGGUUGGGUGCGCUUGGUUAGUUGGCUGUGGGAUUAAUGAUUUAAGUUGAAAGCUAGAAGGAACAUAGUAGACUGCCCACAAGGGACUGUAUGAACUAAUUGUGUUGGCUAAGCGGAUACUUUUAGGUUGAUCGCAUAUGUAUCGGCGAUGGGAAAGGCAAUGAGCGGCCUAGACGGAAAUAUUUAUAUCCACCUACGUUAAUGA